AUCCGAGUAGAUCAGGAGGCUUGGCAUCAUCGCCUAGAUAUCCCAUCCAUACUCUAUCUCUUAACCUAAUCGAAAACUCAAAGCAGUCGUAUUGUGAUAAUAGAAUUUUAGCUGCCAAGCUAUAUGAGGUUUCAUUUGUGGUGUUUCCGUGUAUACCAAGGUCCGCUAUGAAGCCUUACGCAAGAAAAUGAGCUGUAGCCAUGAAGAUACAACGGAUGUAGGUGUGAUCGCUGUUCGUGAGCUCGAAGAUAUAAUGCGCGGGUUCCCCAAGUUGAAAAUGCUCUACACAUUCCUUUCAAUGCAGGUAAACCAUUAGAUACCCCUCGUUCCUUAUUGUGUGAUUUAGAGGUAUGGUUUCCACCGAAAUUGAAUACUUUCGGUUCUUCACUAAUAUAUAGUAGCUGCGCUCCUUCAAUUCUCUUCCUUUCUUUAACCCCGUUUGAGAGUAAGAUAUCUUACCUUAUCACUAAUGUUGAUCAUACUAAUAAGUUCUAGCGGUACAUUAUUGUAAUUUAGUCUUAUCACUCAUUACGACAUCAUGAAGUUCACAACAGGACCCCUUUUCGCCACUUUGGCUUUGACCGCCUACUUGCCCAACAUCCUUGCUGUCGAUGGAUUUGCCGCCAGCAGGGGCUCAGUUGCUGUAUUCAGGCGUGAGGUAGCCAACAAUGGUACCGCCGCUGCCAACGGCACUGAGGCCGUCGAUGCUGGCCAGAACAACGAGAAUGCCGACGAGAACGCCAAUGAGGAAGAGCAAAACCUCGAGGACCAACAGAACGCUGAUGAGCAGAACCAAGACCAAAACCAAGAUGAGAACCAAAACAAUGAGGACCAGAACGUCGAGCAGGGUGUUGACGAGCUCGAGAACCGCUAUGGAAUCAACCUUGACAACAACAACCUAGAGGCCAGUCUUCUUCAAAACAUCGGCGGCGCUAUGCUUUCUCUCGGUAUCUGCAAUUUCAACCUCGGCAGCCUUGGCGAUAUCGGCGUCAACAACCAGAUCCAGCUUCUUCUCCAACUCCAACAACUUGCUCAGCUCCAGCAACUCGGCCUUGUCAGCUCGCGCUCCAUUGAGCAACUCCUCCAACAGGAGCUUCUCCUUAACAACUUUAACCUCAACAUCUUCAAGCGCACCAUCAACGCAACUGUCAAGCAAGCUGCUCGUGAGAACAAGCGUAACAUUGCGGCCAGGAAGGAGUGCAAGGGUAAAUAAAAGGUCAAAGGGUGUAGCAUUUAAGGGACGGGGCUAGGUAAGGCGAUACCUGCCUCAUGUUUUUAGGAAUAAUAGGUUAUCAAUGGGAUUUUUGUCUAAACCUGCAAUUUAGGACCCAUCGUUUGUUUCCUUACAACCCUGUACUAGUACUAGGCGUCAACAUACGAUAUGACUAGCUAG